AUGGCCUCACCUCAAAAAUCAUCCUCAGAUAUAUUCAUGAGCAUCAAACCUGAGCAUAUGAGCAACAUAGCCUCAGGUGCCAAAAAUCAUGAAUACCGAAGCUAUCUUCUGCCGUCGAAGGUCAGCCGCAUCUGGUUCUACACCACCACGCCCGUGAAACGGCUCGAAUAUGUCGCACUCAUAUCCAAAGGGAAAACCCCAGAGGAGGUACCCAAUGAUGGAGGAAUCGGCAAUGCAGAUUUCAGAGCAGGGAGGAAGAAAUCAAAAUACGGGUACGAGAUUUUAAAGCUGUGGAUGUUGAAAGAUCCCAUUAGCUUGGAGCAGGCUAUCGCAAUAAAGAUCUUGAAAGGGGCUCCACAGAAGUAUUGCUGGGUACCUAUCAAUUUUGUGAGGAGCCGUCCACUGGACAAACAACAUCAGUUACUUUCGAAAACAUUGGAGGAUAGUGCACUGGAGCGGAUGGAAGAGAACACCCCAACGAACGGGUCAUGUAAUUGA